GUCCGAUUCAGCUCUCGUGAAUGAUGCGUCUGCCAUAACCCAAUCAAUAUACAUCAUCUUUCGAAAGACAUUGAAUUCCCGCCGCAGGCCGCUCGGCCUCCCACACCGCGCCAUCAUGGCAUCUGAACUUAGCGAAGCCAUGCAGGCGCUGCAUCUUCUCGACGGCGACCUCCCCUUUGACGCAAUCGACGACAUCUUCGACAAGACCGUCAGCCCGUCCCGGCAACAACAAGCACAAGACCCGGACCAGCUGCGCGCCGAGCUCGAGGCCAAGUACCUAUCUCCCUCGGCCACCUUCUCCAGCGACUGGCUCGACAAGCUGCAGCAGCGCUGGGCCGCCCCCGCCGACUACUCGCUCCUCUUCCGUAUCGCCCCGACCCAGUCGCGCACCGUCACCCGCUUCAUCCGCCACGGCCUCGAGGGCCGCGUCACCGGCUACCGCAAUGUCACCGUUCCGGCCUCCCACGCCACCGCCAAGUCGAGCACCUCCAUGCUGCGCAAGCCCGCCAGCCGCGCCGACUUCGUCCGCGGCGCCGCCGGCUUCUUCCCCUUCGCCCCCGGUGGCCUGGAGGGCAUCGAGUCGACCGCAGCGCUCGAGGACCAGCUGCGCGCCCCGUCCGCUCCCGGGACCGGCGAGGGCGACAGCCGGAAGAAGCUGGAGAAGGUCAUCAAGCUGGGCGAGGGCGGCUUGCUCGAGAUCCCUCCCGGGCUCGACCGCGGCAUCGACUUUAGCAAGAGGCGGAAGCUGGCCGACGCCGACAGCGAGCGCCAGGCCAAGGAGGUCGAGGAGGUGUUGGGCCAGGAGCCCGAGGAUGCGCCCGGCGGCGAGGGGGAGCAGGAGGGCGGCGACAAUGGGGACAAAAACGACGGCGGCGGCGGCGAGGACGACGACGACGACGACGAGGCCAUGGAGGAGGAUAUUGACUCCAUCCUGCCCGUCGAGUUCCCCGCUCUCGAGCCCCGCGGCACGCUCGCCGCGUCCAGCGCUAGAAAGGCCGGCCGCGAGUGGGCCCACAUGGUCGACGUCAACCGGGAGAUGCCCAACUUCCGGGAGCUGGUGCCGGAUAUGGCCAGGGAGUGGCCCUUCGAGCUGGACACGUUCCAGAAGGAGGCCAUCUACCACCUCGAGAACGGCGACUCCGUCUUCGUGGCCGCCCACACCUCGGCCGGCAAGACCGUGGUGGCCGAAUAUGCCAUCGCCCUCGCGGCCAAACACAUGACCAAGGCCAUCUACACGUCGCCCAUCAAGGCGCUGAGCAACCAGAAGUUCCGCGACUUCAGGCAGACCUUUGACGAGGUCGGUAUCCUGACGGGCGACGUGCAGAUCAACCCCGAGGCCAGCUGUCUCAUCAUGACGACCGAGAUUCUCCGCAGCAUGCUCUACCGCGGCGCCGACCUGAUCCGCGAUGUCGAGUUUGUCAUCUUCGACGAGGUGCACUACGUCAACGACUUUGAGCGCGGCGUCGUCUGGGAAGAGGUCAUCAUCAUGCUGCCCGAGCACGUCUCCUUGAUCCUCCUGUCCGCCACCGUGCCCAACACCUACGAGUUCGCCUCCUGGGUUGGCCGGACGAAGCAGAAGGACAUCUACGUCAUCUCCACGCCGAAGCGGCCCGUCCCUCUGGAGCACUAUCUCUGGGGCAACAAGAACAUCUACAAGAUCGUCGACUCGGACAAGAAGUUCCUCGAGAAGGGCUGGAAAGAAGCCAACGCGGCGAUCCAAGGCAAGGAUAAGCAGAAGGCGCUUCCCCAAGCCGCAGCGGCUCCGGCUCGCGGCGGCGGAAGCGGCGCCAACGGGAGGGGUGGUCGCGGCGGCUCGCAGAGGGGCGGUAACCAGCAGCGUGGCGGUAGCCGGGGCGGCGGUCAGCAACGGGGCAGAGGCGGCGGGCCGCCUCGCGCAAGCCAUGCGCCUGGCCACUUGGGCCGCACAGGGCGACCUGGCGGAUUCACGACGGCCGCUCAGGACAGGAACCUCUGGGUCCAUUUGGUGCAGUUCCUGAAGAAGGGGAACCUUCUUCCGGCCUGCAUCUUCGUCUUCUCCAAGAAACGCUGCGAGGAGAAUGCCGACGCCCUGAGCAACCAGGACUUCUGCACCGCCCAGGAGAAGAGCGCGAUACACAUGACCAUCGAGAAAUCGAUCGCGCGCUUGAAGCCGGAGGACCGCGUUCUCCCCCAGAUCAUCAGGAUUAGGGAGAUGCUCUCCCGCGGCAUCGCCGUCCACCACGGCGGACUGCUUCCGAUCGUGAAGGAGCUCGUGGAAAUUCUGUUCGCCCAGACGCUGGUCAAGGUUCUCUUCGCCACCGAGACCUUCGCCAUGGGCCUGAACCUUCCUACCAGGACCGUCGUCUUCUCCGGCUACCGGAAGCACGAUGGCCAUUCGUUCCGCAACCUCCUUCCCGGCGAGUACACCCAGAUGGCCGGCAGAGCGGGGAGGCGCGGUCUUGAUACGGUCGGCUCCGUCAUCAUCGUCCCGCCCGGCGGAGACGAGGCACCUCCCGUCUCCGACCUCCGGCAGAUGAUACUCGGCGAGCCUAGCAAGCUCCGGUCACAGUUCCGGCUCACCUACAACAUGAUCCUCAACCUCCUCCGCGUCGAGGCGCUCAAGAUCGAAGAAAUGAUUAAGCGCAGUUUCUCAGAGCACGCCACGCAGCAGCUCCUGCCCGAGCACGAGAAGGCGGUGAAGCUAUCCGAGGCCGACCUGGCCAAGGUCAAGCGCGACCCUUGCCCGAUCUGCGACGCCCAUAUGGACGAAUGUCAUCAGGCGGGCGAGGACUUCAAGCGGCUGACGGAGGAGCUGUACCGCAUGCUGCUGGUCAACCCGAUCGGCCGCAAGAUGUUCGCGACGGGGCGGUUGAUCGUGUGGAUGAAGGAAGGCGUGCGCACGCCCGGCAUUCUCCUCUCCGAGGGGGCCAGCGUCAAGAGCAGCGCGACCAACCCGACGCUGCACGUCCUCGAGAUACGGACAAACCGCGAGAUGCGCAACGAUACGGAUCUGCUGCCUUUCGUGCCCGCCUUCCGGAAGCAUCUCACCCCGCUGCCGCAAGCCAAGAAGCACAUCUCGACCAAGACACUGCACGUCCCCAUUUCGGACCUCGUGUGCCUCACCAAGCAUGUCACCAAGGGUGUCGUGCCAGAUAUCUUUGGUGGCGGCGAGGGCUACGCCAAGGCGAAGGAGAAGCUGCACAUGAUCUGCCGCUCGUGGAACUCGGACAUUUGGGACGAGAUGGACCUGGGCCGCGUCAAGAACCUGGCAGUGCACGAGAUCGCCGCCAAGCGGCGCGAGGCCGAGAUCAAGGUGGCCAAGUCGCCCGCGGCCGAGUGCAAGUCCUUCCUGAAGCAUUACGCCAUGUGCCACGACCAGUGGCUCAUCCAGACGCACAUCCAGCAGCUCCGCCAGACCCUGUCGGAGCAAAACCUGCAGCUCCUGCCCGACUACGAGCAGCGCAUCCAGGUGCUCAAGGACCUCUCCUUCAUCGACGACGCCAGCCGCAUCCAGCUCAAGGGCAAGGUCGCCUGCGAGGUGCACUCGGGCGACGAGCUGGUGCUGACGGAGCUGAUACUGGAGAACGUGCUGGCCGACUACGACCCGGCCGAGAUCGCCGCGCUGCUGUCGGCCUUCGUCUUCCAGGAGAAGACGGAGUCGGUCCCGCGCCUGACGGCCAACCUGGAGCGGGGCAUGAAGACCAUCGUCGACAUCUCGGAGCGCGUCAACGCGGUCCAGACGCUGCACCAGGUCAUCCAGACGAGCGACGAGAGCAACGACUUCGUGUCCAAGCCGCGCUUCGGCCUCAUGGAGGUCGUCUACGAGUGGGCCCGCGGCAUGAGCUUCAAGAACAUCACCGACCUGACCGACGUGCUCGAGGGCACCAUCGUCCGCACCAUCACCCGCCUCGACGAGACGUGCCGCGAGGUCAAGAACGCGGCCCGCAUCAUUGGCGACCCGGACCUCUACCAGAAGAUGGCGGCCGCCCAGGAGAUGAUCAGGCGGGAUAUCACGGCGGUGGCGAGCUUGUACAUGUAGGCAUGUAACAAUGUCUGCAUUUGUGGGUGGCUAAAUGUUGAAAAAGAGGAAUUUCUUAUUCUUUUCUUAUCGAUAUAUAUUGCGUCCAGGUGUUGUUUUGUGUUGCGGGAAAAAAAGAUGAAAAUGGCAUAGCAUCAGCAUGGCAUGAAUGAAGAGCAUGUUUGGCAUGGGCUGGUUAAACGAGACAUGACAAAAUCCAAAGGAAAGGGACUC